GCUACUCAAUCACCCUCCCUCCCCUGGUAACUCAAGGAGGUGGGACUGGGUAAAAAAAAAAAACAGCUUCACUCUACAGGAUCUGCUUUCUGCUGGUCACAUUAAUUCCUGGCUGAGGGUGCCGAAGACUACAUUUCCAUUCUUGUUAUUCCAGUGAGAUCAGUAAAUCCAGUGCACAUUUUCUAGCAGUUCCUCAGCUCCCUAAGCCAAGCAUAUUACAGCUGCCAGAAAAGUUAAAUUGCUAAGUAAAAUGUACUUUAGGACGGCAUUGUUUCCAAAACAAGUAUUCAGAAAUGGAGAUCUUAAACACAAAGCACUUUGUAUAUCAGGACAGCAGUGUGUGAAUAAUUUUCAUCUUCACGGGAAUUAUACUCAAAACAUAUGGAAGGACAGAAUAAGCUUUCCCUUUCCUGGAAAGCUUAGAAAACAAUUGACUUUUUAUACCCACUCCACGUUCUGUAGUAAUCACUUGUAUUCUACCUCUACAAAGGACAGAGUUCAUACUAAUUAUGACUGUGUAUUCAAAUCUUCAGUACAAACGCCUGAACGUGUUUGGGGAGAAGCUGCAAACAGAAUUACCUGGUUUAAACCAUGGACAAAAACAAUGGACAACUCCAAUCCACCUUUCACAAAAUGGUUUAUCGGUGGAGAACUUAAUGUUUGUUACAAUGCUGUGGAUCGCCAUAUAGAGAAUGGACGAGGAGAUGAAAUCGCUGUGAUCCAUGACAGUCCUGUGACUAAUACUAAACAUGCUAUCUCCUACAAAGAAAUGUAUGAUCAGGUAUCCCGAUUAGCUGGGGUUUUGAUAAAGCAUGGAGUCAAGAAGGGGGACAGAGUCGUGAUUUAUAUGCCAAUGAUACCACAAGCAAUGUUUACAAUGUUAGCAUGUGCCAGGAUUGGAGCUGUGCAUAGUCUAAUUUUUGGCGGAUUCGCACCAAAGGAGUUAGCAGUGCGCAUCGAUCAUGCAAAGCCAAAAAUAAUUGUAACAGCCUCAUUUGGUAUAGAACCAGGAAGAAAAAUAGAAUAUGUUCCUCUUGUUGAAAAAGCACUUGAGAUGGUGCAGCACCAGCCGGGAAAAGUUCUAAUCUAUAGCAGGCCAAACAUGGAGUCUGUUCCUUUAACAGCCAAUCGAGAUCUUGACUGGAAUGAAGAAAUAGCUAAAGCUGACCCUCAUGAUUGUGUACCUGUAUCUUCUGAGCAUCCCCUUUAUGUACUGUAUACUUCGGGCACAACUGGACUACCUAAGGGUGUUGUAAGAAAUACAGCUGGUUAUGCUGUAAUGCUUAACUGGACAAUGUCUACCGUUUAUGGAUUGAAUCCUGGGGAGGUAUGGUGGGCAGCUUCUGAUUUAGGCUGGGUAGUUGGCCAUUCUUAUAUAUGUUAUGCUCCUCUCUUGCAUGGAAAUUCCACAGUUUUAUAUGAGGGAAAACCUGUAGGAACGCCAGACACAUCUGCAUAUUUCCGUGUAAUAUCAGAGCAUGGAGUUACAGCCAUGUUUACUGCACCAACUGCAAUUAGAGCAAUACGUCAACAAGACCCAAAGGCACUUUUGGGAAAACAAUAUUCUUUGAAAAGGUUCCGAACAUUGUUUGUUGCUGGAGAACGCUGUGAUGUUGAAACGUUGGAAUGGUCCAAAAGAGUAUUUAAAGUUCCUGUGUUGGAUCACUGGUGGCAGACUGAAACUGGAUCUCCUAUUACAGCGACGUGCAUUGGUUUAGGAAAUUCAUUAACCCCUCCUCCAGGACAAACAGGGAAGCCUGUUCCAGGGUACAAUGUGAAAAUAUUGGACAACAACAUGCAAGAAGUGAAGCCAAAUGUCUUAGGAAAUAUUGUAGUAAAAUUACCGUUGCCUCCAGGAGCAUUCUCCACCCUCUGGGAAAAUGAGGACUUGUUUAAAGACCUAUAUUUCAGAAAAUAUCCAGGAUUUUAUGAUACAAUGGAUGCAGGCUACAAAGAUGAAGAUGGAUAUGUUUACGUCCUAUCUCGGGUUGAUGAUGUAAUAAACGUUGCAGGGCACAGACUCUCAGCAGGUGCAAUUGAAGAGGCUGUGAUGUUGCACAAGGCUGUGGCAGAUUGUGCUGUUGUUGGAUUGGAUGAUCCUUUAAAAGGACACGUUCCACUUGCUUUGUGUGUUCUGAGAAAUGGUGUGAACAAAGCGGAAGAGGACAUUGUAGAUGAAAUUGUGAAGCUGGUUAGAGAACAUAUUGGACCAGUGGCAGCUUUCAGAAAAGUUUUAAUUGUUAAACAAUUACCCAAAACCCGUUCUGGCAAAAUACCCCGUUCUACUCUCUCUGCUCUUGUAAAUGGCAAACCCUAUAAGAUUGGUUCAACCAUUGAAGACCCACGUGUAUUCAAAAACAUUGAAGAUGAAGUUAAAGCAAAAUUAUGAAUAAGGAAUUCUUACUCCAAGGUUCCUGGCAUUUAGGGAUAGCGUCUCAAAAACUCACUAGUUUGAAGUGAAAUCAUUUGCAGACCUCAUUUCAUUCUCUAAGAAAAGGGGCUAAAGCUGGAAAUUCCCAUCAGCUGUGAGCUGCUUUUGAUACAAAUGAUAAUGAAGCUCUUUGGAAGGCAAAAUGUAUCUGGAUUGCAUUAACAUGAGAGUACCAGCAACUUAUGAAAACUCUAAGUUUGGAGUAAAUACAAAUCAAAUUAGUUCAUUUUAACUUGCAUUCACUUCUAGUUUUGUAUACAUUUAUUUUUUUAUUAGUUAAUAAAUGUGUUGUGAAUUUUAAGAAAUGCAACCUACAUGUCGCUGAUGAGAUAAUUCUGGCUGUGUCAUUCUGUUUAUUUUUCUGCUUUUAGAUUUUCACAUGAUUUUUUGUGUGAAUUUGAGUCAUUUCUUACUGAAACAUAUUUUUUUUUCUAACAUUUGUAGCGGACGAUAAUGCAUGUUUAUUAUCUUAUUAUUCUGUAGCAGAGGAUAAUGCCCAGUUAUUAUCCUAGUAAUGCAGUUUUUUCAGUGAUUUUUGAAGCUUAAGAAUCUCUACAUGAGUCAUUGACUUUCAAGGAAUAAGAUAUUUGUAUAAUCCUUUAUAUAGUGAGUUUUGCUCGCCUACUCACAUUUUAAAGCAUAUGAAAUGACAUGAAACUUCAAAACUAUCUUUGUCGUGAGUGACUAUCAUGUUCUUCUAUCUACAAAGCUUUAAGCAGUCAAAGCUUCUGCUUUUAUCUCUAAAUGCAGAUUACAGAGGAAAGUAGAUUUUAGAACUGCUUACAUCAAUGAAUCAAAAUUACUGUGGUUCUUGGUACAAGAUUCUGAUUUUCUACAUAAACAAUAUUGCUGUCUAUAUUAGGAAGUAGUCAACAACAAAAAAAACAAUCACACUUGCUGCAAAUAUUAUAUAGUGGCUGAUGUAAUACUUCUCCUACUCAUGGUUGCAUAUAAGCAGAGGAGGAACACUAUUCAAUGAGUCACAUGCCCCCAAUAUGCAAUUAACUUACCACAGUGUGUUUAUAUGAUUCCUGGACAUUCCCUGCACUUUUAACAUAGCUCUGAUAAAGAAGUGGCAAACAAGACAUAAAAUUAGCGUGUACCUGUACUCAUCCUCCAAUAUACCACCAGAAAGCAACUGUAGCUGUUAUCCUACCAAAAACUGUUUUUGCUUAUGUAAAUAUUCUGUAGAUCAUCUGUCUAAGAUAGGUAAACCACAUCCAAUUCCCUUGUUGAGUAUUUAAUUCACUUGCGCCCAAGUGCUGUUAAUGCUGAAUAGACUUUACACAAAGAUCUAAAAAUCUUUUCACCUAUGUGAUACAGCUUUGUAAUCCACUGCUGGUUAUCAUAGAUUUGAGAUACUGAAGAAUUAGCUGUCCAGUUCAGUUGAGAGAGUGUUAGACCAUAAAGCAUUUUAGUAGGCAGGUUUGUGCUUUAGGGCCCAAUGAUCUAAAGCUCUCCUCUCAGACGAGAUGAUCAAAAAUGAUCUGUCCAUAACGGGGUAAUCUGAGCACAUUUUUACACGGUUAGCCAUGUAUUUUACUAAGGGGCAUAAGCUACAUUUAUGUGUGUGAUGGUGAUACAUACAGGAUAGUGCUCACUAAAGUAAGGAUUUCAAAAGUGCAUUGCAUUCAUGAUGAAAAAAUUGGAAUCAUAUUAUACAUUAAAAACUCAUACAAGUAGGUGUUAAAAACCUGGUGCAAGAUGCUAAUUUAAAUUAUGUCAUACAAGUCAUCCUUAAAUAACACUAAGAAAAAAAAAGCAUAUUAAAUGCAAAAGGUAAAACUCAUAUUUAAGAUACAUGGUAAUUUUCAGAAAAAAAACAAACCUGCUGAAAUCAUAAAUAAGAAUUGAAAAUUUGAAGGACUCCUUAUAUUCCUAUUGUUAAAUAAAGUUGGCUACAUUGGCAAAUGGCGUGAACUGAGCAAUCUUUCAACAUGUAUAAAGCUUCUUCACAAUUUGUAUCAGAAUGAUCUAAGCAUAUUACAAAUUUGGGUCUCGUAGUUUCACCUCACCAAAUGUAGGCUGCCAAGUUUAUUUCAAAAUUUGCACAGCGCUUAUGAAGUGAAGGAAUAAUAGGUCUGUCCUAUGUGACGUAGCAUUAUAGUAAGCUUCAUUACUUUCUAUGAAGGUAAACUCACAACUGACAGUGAAUUUCUGGUUCAUCCGGCAGGGAAUUCCUGGUUCAUCCUCUUUUCUUAGAUCAUGUCCAUACUAGGGUUGGCAUGAUAUUUCUCUCCAUGCUGAUGAAUUUUAGAUCACCUGACCCACAAAAGGACAGUAGAGUCAUAAUGUUAUAACAUAUGUUUACAAAUAUACAUUGCCAUUGCUACAUAAGAUUACAGUUUUUUUAGAAUUGUGUAGCUUUUUUAUAUUUUCUAACUGAUAAAAGUAAAGCAUUAACUGUAAUGUGAAGACAUUGAAUUUGUUUAAUGUAUGUUUGUAAUGUCUUAUGAUACAUCAUUUUAUACAGACCUCGGAUGCCAAGCAGCUGGUGAUAUUCCUCUAUGGGAACACUGAAGGAUAGGCAAGAACAUACUUUUUGUUGACAAACCUAACAAAUCUGACAAUUGCAACUGCAACAACUUUUUAAAACCAUUUUAGAGAUUCUUUUAAAAACAAGUUGUUUGUCAUUAUUGUAUUAAUCAAUGGUAACGCUAAUCUUAUUGUUUUUAACUUCAUUAAAAAUGUUACUGCAUUUCA